GAAACCUUCAUGUGCAUACGGAGAUGAGGCUCAUCGGGCUCUUCCUUCACGACAUUUUGGCGUAAGUAAGCAAUGGUGUGGUUCUUCGACGCAGCAUCCGUGUCCAAUUGCACCACAUACAUCUUGGUCUCUGGUCGGAAUGAUACCACAACGCCUCGUCCAAACGGAGUCACAAUGCGCGUCUUGUCCGCAAGAGGCGCUACACUUACGGCACCCGGGUGAUGUGCAUCGAUAAGGAACUUGUUGCCAGGCAGGUAAAGCGCAGAUCGUGCCGUCUCCUUGCCGAACGCAGCAGGGUGUCGUACUGGCGCAUUCACAAGACGCGAUGUGGACUUGUAUCGUUCGAUAUCAUCAUCGUUCUCACGCUUCUUCUCUCGGAGUAGAGCCACCUGACGUUCAUGACGUUCCCGCACAGAGUACUCGAACCUGAUGCGCAGAAGUAGCUUUCCAGUAAUGCCACUGCUUGCUACAGUGGUCGGUGCCUUCAAAUCGAACCAAUUUUCGUGCGGCAUCUGGUCUUGGUAGUCAGUGCUGCGCAACUCCAGCUCUCCGAGAACGACAUCCGCAAUGACCUCAGCAUUGCAGCUAAGCGAGACCUUCACGCUGAACUUCUUGGUCUUAGCACCUUCAUACACCAGCGUCUCCUUCCAGCCUGCAGUUGCAUUGUCCACAGCUUGCACGCCGGCAGUACGCAAGUGCUUCUUCGUGGUCUUCUCGAACGCUGAGAGCGGAGUCACCUGCGUAGACACGUACAAUUCUGGCUGCGUAUUGGUACUGACCGCCUGCACUGCCGCGUUCUUGUCAAGUGCCAGACCCUUGGCUGCCAAAACUUCGAUGGUCACUCGUCCUGCCGCUUUACCAGUGCUGGUGUCCACAUCCACACCGUUUUUGUUCUGUUUGCCUGCAGCGGAUGCUGCUGCCACCUCUUCGGCGUGCUGUAACUCGUGCUCCAGCUGCACUGAAAGAAGCUCUAGCGGCGACAGCGCUACUUUCUCCCACAUGAGCGAAUUGCCAAGCCCCACAGACGACGCUGGCGAAUCACUGAGCGAUUGCACGUCGCUCAUGCUUUCUUCGUAAUCGACUGGUGAUGUGUGAUGGAGAUCAACCUGUCACUAAAGCGCGGUUUCGGCCCGGUCAGCACUGAUUCUAACCGGUCCAUCUGAUUCUAGCAACAUUCAGAUGACAUACACCUGAUAACAGCCUGAUCCAAAAUUAGACUUGACCGUAAUCGUGACAUCACAUACCGGUACGCAGUUUUUCGCACAGAGCAAUUCUACUCCCAAUAUGCGGAUCCAGGCCGAGGCUGUGGCGGAGCCUCGCGCCGACGCAGAGGAUUCAGACCAGCGUUUGCGCGUCAUUCGCAUAGACCGCAAGACGCUCUUGGCGCGUGCGAACGCGGCGCAGCGUCGACGUCGACGAGAGGAGCGCGAGGCGCGUAGACUUGGUAAUCGCCGACGGUCUUCGUGGCUGUUUGGCGGCGCCAAGAGGCCGCGCGAGGAUGCAGUGGGGCCACCGUCACCCUUCACCGGCAAUGUGGUGGUGAGUGCCAAGUACAGCGCUUGGAACUUCGCUCCGCGCGUGCUGCUGGCGCAACUUAAGCGACCAUCGAACGUCUAUUUCCUGUUCAUUGCUGUGCUCCAGACUAUCCGAGAAGUGAGCAACACAAGCGGUAUCCCGACUAUUUUGCUGCCGUUGGCGGUGGUGUUUAUAUGUAGCGCAAUCAAAGAGGCACUGGAGGACCGGGAGCGACAUCGAGCUGAUCGUGUGACUAAUAGUCGACCGGUGUUGACGCUGACUCCCUUGGGCAGUUGGGAGCAGCGACAAUGGGGAGACUUACGUGUGGGGGACAUUGUCAAGGUGAUGAAUGAUCAAACCGUCCCAGCGGACCUGUUCCUGUUGUCGGCGGAAGCAGUGGAACAUGAUGAUGAUGGUCCAAGACCACAACAACUGCAAGUUACAAACUCGCAAGGCUCUACUGACUUGGAAAAAGGGAAAGACUCUGCAAUAGACAGAUCAGAGCUUCUUCUAGACAUUCAAGGCGAUCAAGGACCAGUAUCACCGAAGCAACAAUCAGCAGAGUCCAACCUGGCAUACAUCGAAACGAAGUCUCUGGAUGGCGAAACCAAUCUCAAGAUCCGCACGGCCAUUCCGUUGGUGGCUUCGCUCUGUCGCGGCUCGAGCACCAAAAGCCGCACGAUUGAAGGUGGCGGGUACAACGAACUGCGCGGUAUGAUGGUGUGCGAGCAGCCCAACAAUCGUAUUACCAGUUUCGAUGGAACCUUUUCGGCGAUUCUAAGCCCAGCUCAAGCGGAAAUGCUGGGCGUCGCUGCAAAUGACCCGAACAGUGCGCAAUUGGCGGCCCCGGUGCAAACUGCCAGUCUUUUGCAGACCGAAAUGACUGGCGAUGGCCUCGUGCGUGUGCGUGUACCAGUUACAGCAAAGCAGAUGAUGUUACGGAGCUGUGUACUCCGCAAUACUCGCUCCGUCACAGGUAUGGUGGUUUUUACGGGUCACGAGACCAAGGUAUUUUGCAGUAACACAGAGCCAGUUGUGAAGACCUCGUCCGUGGAGCGGCGACUCAAUCGACUCAUUAUCGGGAUCGUAUUUAUCCAGCAGCUCGUCUGCUUUCUCGGCGCGCUGCUUGGUGCCCACUGGAUGCACACGGAGGGCGAUUCGUUCUGGUAUCUUCUCAGUGCUAGCGAACGACGACAUCACAAUCUGACUGGCGCUUCUACUUCUCAUCCACUGGCAGAGCUCGCCAAGUUGCAUCUGCGCUACUUCAUUAUCAUGCAAAACUUUGUUCCUAUUUCGCUGAAUGUGUCACUGGAGUUCGUCAAGUAUUGGCAAGCCUAUUUUAUCGAGCAAGACCUGGAAAUGUACGACAAACCGUCCGAUACGCCGGCCAUGGUGCGAUCAUCAGCUCUGAAUGAAGAUCUCGGUCGCGUACAUCAUAUCUUCACUGAUAAGACGGGUACUCUGACGAUGAACCUUAUGCUUUUCCGUUACUGCAUGGUGGGGGGUAAGCACUACGGCGGUCUCAUGCAGGAUAAAGAUAUGGAGGCUGAGAUGUCAAACGAAACGUUGUCUACAGCUGGUGAUUCACAGGAUGGCCCAAGAUUUGUUGACUUCGACCCGACAGAGCUCUUCGCCGACAUUCACGCUGGUGGAGAGCAAGCGGAAACUCUUCGUCGAUUCUUACGACACUUGGCAUUAUGUCAUACGCUGAUCCCCACUAAAUCCCUCACUGAGAUGUGCAGUACGUCGUUCCCGGAGUAUUCUGCGUCAUCACCCGACGAGCAGGCCUUGGUGUCUGCGGCGGCGUUUUGCAACGUCCGCUUUGUACACCGGACGCCCACUGCCGUGAUGCUCUUGGAGCCAGGAUGGACGUCACCUAGCUCGUACAAAUUACUGAAUGUGCUGGAAUUUGACAGCGACCGAAAACGCAUGACAGUGAUCGUAGAGACUCCAGAUGGGGCGAUCGAACUCCUUUGCAAAGGCGCUGACAAUGUUAUUUUUGAGCGACUUGGUGCAGAUCAAGCAGCAAUGCCAGGUCGGAUGUCGUCCGAACAAGCUUCGGAGCAGCUUACGCUUUAUGCAAAAGCUGGUAUGCGUACGCUUUGCCUCGCAUACAAAACGAUCAGCCGGCAGGAGUAUGAAAAUUGGAACGCCCGCUAUACACAGGCACAUGCUUCGAUGGAGGAAUUAGUUAAGCGACGUCAAGGUCGUGCGAAUGCGAUCGACCCGUUGAUGAACGAAAUCGAGCGCGACUUGGUUCUUCUUGGAGUCACAGCAGUUCAGGACAAACUGCAGGCUGGUGUGCCGGCGACACUACGCCUACUGCAAGAGACGAACAUUAAGGUGUGGACCCUCACAGGCGAUAAAAUGGAGACGGCAGUGAAUAUUGGAUACGCUAGCGCGCUGCUUUCUCACGACAUGGAUGUGCAGCAAAUUGGUGGCGAUGGCUACACCUCGACUGCUGCAGCACUGAAGGAAUUAUCUCAGCGCGGUGAUCAAGAAGCCACUUCUUACCAUCCAUCGCCAUUUCUGGCCUCACUGUCUUCUAGAACCAACGGAGGUAGAGGGAUGCGGCGUUCGAGACGUCGAGCCUCAAUCCAAACCGACAAUUUCUUGGGAAGUGCGAAGGCUGCAAUCAGUGAGUUUCUCUUUGGGCCACCAACAAAGCAAAAGCGAAAGCAGAAGCGACGACGUCCCCGAAAUCGCCGGACGUCAAGGACUUCAUCAGCGUUUAGCCAAACGCCAAUGUAUUCUUCAGUAGCGACGGAUGCAGAAUACGUCGACAGGUUCACGUCGGACGAAGAAUCGCUGUACGACGUCGGAAUCGAGGCUGAUGAUGAAGCUGUUCACACGCCUGAAUAUGGUUCUCUCGCUGGAAACUUAGACAGCCGCGAAGGCCGACAGAGUGGUUCAAAUUCGCAGAAACUAGCGCUCGUGAUUGACGGACAGGCUCUCGAGUACGCUCUUCGCCCUCAACUGCGUAGCUUGUUCUACCAAGUCACUCAGCAGUGCGCGUCAGCAGUCAUUUGCUGUCGCGUGUCUCCCAAACAGAAAGCAGAUAUUGUUGAAUUUGUUCGCGAAUUUGAGCCCGACAGUGUUACACUUGCAAUCGGCGAUGGAGCGAAUGAUGUUGCGAUGAUCCAGUCAGCUCAUAUUGGUGUGGGUAUAUCCGGUCAGGAAGGAGCGCAGGCUGUGAAUGCCUCGGACUAUGCAUUGGCUCAAUUCCGCUUCCUUCAACGAUUGCUGUUUGUUCAUGGUCAUUGGGCUUACCGUCGCGUGGCUAAACUCAUGAGCUACAUGCUCUACAAGAACGUGACAUAUGUGCUUACAACAUUCUGGUUCGGAUGCUUCUGUGGGUUUUCGGGUCAACCGCUUAUCUUGGACGUAGCUGCUCAAAGUUUCAAUGUGUUGUACACAAGUGUACCGCUGGUACUCUUUGCCGUGUUCGAUCAGGAUGUAUCAUCAACUAGUGCCGCCAAGUUCCCGUAUCUGUACGCACUUGGGCAGAAGAAUAUCCUGCUCGCACGUCGCGUGUUUUGGCCGUGGAUUUUUAACGGCGUGUGGCAUUCGAUCGUCAUCUUCUUCGUUUCAGCCUGGGCAUUUGAAGGCUUCGGUCUUAGUAUCCGUGAUUUCCCAGUUAUCGCCACCGAGACUGGAAAAAGUGGCGGACUGGUGACGCUGGGGUUCGUGGUAUUCACGAAUCUUGUGAUCGUGGUGAACCUGAAGUUGUGUCUCGAGACGUUCAUGCUUACGUGGCAGUUCCUGCUCACGGUGACUGUAUCUAUACUGUUGUGGUUCGCUGCAGGAUCCCUCAUCUCGUUGCCUAACACGGGAUUCCCGCAAGCCACUGGUGAGAUGGAGUAUCUUCAAGAGCUGCCGACUUUCUGGCUGGUCUGCCUCCUUGUGCUGUCGUUGAGUCUGUUGCGUGACGGCCUGUGGAAAAUCGUACGACGGUUCUCGCUACCUUCGAUGUAUCACAUUCUCCAGGAACGGGAGGUUAUGGGCUUGCCGAACUCGCCUCGAGGUAUGCUACGUGAACAUCGGCGAUCCGUGUCAAACACAGCGUGGUCCGAUGAACCCGCUACAGUCGUUGACUACGCGAAGCUUUUCACCAGACUGGAAAGUCCGGAAGAAACUCUGAUGCGUUCUUCUCCGCUUGGCGAGAGAUUGAUCGCGUCCCCGUUCUCCAGUUCAUCCAGUGGCGGAGAUACCAUCGAUCCAGAUCAUAUGGCAGGCUUUCAAGGUCGAGAGAAGAAGCGGAAUAUUCGCAUUCGCGGAUCAUUUCACUCCAUCGACAGCUUCGACAGCUUUGAUGCAGGUGUGGAGCCAUCUUUCCUGGAAGCUCCUGGGUCCGUUGCCGCUACAAGUACGGUAAAUGCAGCCAUUGGAUCGCGCACGUCAUCUUUUGUUGGCUCGUACCAUGGCUACGCGUUUUCAGAAGACGAGAAUGUGGACAGCGACGUGGAAGCAGCGUCAUCCAGAACAAGUCGAGGCGACGUCGACCAAACGAAGAUUGCGUUAAGCCAUGCUUCCAUCAAGAAGGUUCUCAAGUCGGUUCGUGGUAGAAAGAAUGCAUAAAGUGUUUUGAAUGUACACAUCAUGAUGAAGGCAACGUUGUCUGUACAAUGCUGUCAGCCUUGUCGACUUGGAGCGAGGGAGCCGUAUGUCGCGAGUACUCGAGAGAGUUAUGAAUGGCAUGAAGAUACCUUCGUUCACUGUAUGGGCGUGGAAUGAUGACGGACUCGCCGUGUUUCUCAACAAUACAGCAAUAGGGUCGUGCAAUGCGUAUAGGUUGGAAGUGGUCGCUGACAGCUUGCUUGUACGGGCGAGCAUAUAACACUCGCUCAGGCGGAGACGGUGGAGCUGCAUUCUGCACGACCUCAGGAUCAGUAGUUAAAGCUGUUUGUGGUUGCUGUGAUUCCGUUGUUGCACGUAGCAAGAGAAUAGAAUUGAGCAUGUGCUCCUACAAGGACAUGGAGAAUGAGAUCGAAGAAGAGUGCCACAAAAAGCUAAAUUCCCUACCUGCUCCCAGCGGCUCAUAUUCGAUCUUUACUGCUGGGGGAAACCCUUGAGCAGAGCUGACAAUGCCGUUAUACCAUUCUCCUUCAUCAGGCCAGUACACUAUCGCUCUUCUGUCGAUUAUGGCUCGUGCGUCGUGUGCAUUCAGCGGCAGCAAUUGUUGCAUUU